CUUCAACCUACGUUUUAUCUAAAACUAAGUCGCACAGCCAUCCGGCAACUCAUAACUUGGUUUUCGGCCAUGGAGACUCGCUUUGGCUCUGACUGGGCAGCCGCAUGUCAGUCACCUCGCAGCGGGAUACAGCAGCCGGUAGGCAUUUAUUCGGUCGCCAAGCGCUCACGCAGAAGAUGCGAGAGUGCGCUUCGCCCUCAAAUAGUCCGGUGAACUUUACUACCGGCGGAGGCGCCCAGCAGAGCGCCGACUCCCUCGCGUUUACGGGCAGUAAGAUUCUAGAGGGCGAGGAGGUCUACAUUCUUAAGGAGUGCCCACCGGCCCAAUCUAUCUGUUGCUGCGGCAUUCCUUGCACCUACCCGCACAGGACACCGACCUUGGCGGCCUCCGUGCGCGCCACGCCUUUCUCGUGGGCCUGGGCAUACCCAUUUCCUUCAACACGUGGCAGCGCGUUCGUGCCAUGGUUCUCCACGCCCAUCCGGCCACUCUUCCGACUCUUUCUGCCCAAGCUUUGGCCCGCUUGCUUUGGGCUUUGCAUGGUCCUGCCGUGCCUGUGCACUGCACUGACGACAUCUUCGCUGCUGGGCUUCAACACCUCCAAGACUUCCUCCUCUCUGCCGCCCCGGCGGAUGCUCCCCAGUUUCCCCGGUUUCACCCUCCUCGUCGUUCCAUCCGCCGCCGAACCCUCCGGGAAUGCCUCGUGACUACUGCUCACACGCUUGCGGUUACGCAGUGCCUUGCCCAGCUGGGAUGGUCCUUGGAUGAGAACUUGGAUCUUGAUGUUGGCCCUUUUGAGAUAGACUUUUGGUCUCUUUACCUGGAGGCCCUCAAGCUCUCUUUUGGACUUUUGGAUGAUGUGAAUGAAAUUCAAUUAGCUGGUUUCCCAUGGUUUCCCUGCAAAUUUUGUUGCCGACCUCCUCCGUUGGACGGUGGGCUUUGACUUGGUUGCUCCCAUGAAACGGCAUGUUUAUUUAACUAAGUGCUUGUAGCAUUCGCUGACAGCUCAGGAACGACUUACACUUCUCAAGAGGACUCGAGGACGUUCAAACGGAUUUUUGGUAAUUUAUCGGUUCCUCUUGAGACGUACAGUCGAGCUCGGCCACAUGUGGGCUUGAUCAAGUGGUUGGUUUGGAGAUUGGUUGGCAUUUGGAUGUUGCGCACCGUGUGGAUCAAAUCCUGAUCAAGUUCACUCAGGGACGGCCGGUGCGUUUCGCACGAGACCUUGCUCGCCCAGUGAGCAUUUGAGUGCCUCUUUUCUUGGUCUGCGUGAAAAUAAAUCAACCACCUUCUCAGACCCACCCCAGCCACCUUCAAAACCGAGAUUUUGCAUGUUCCCCAUAUAUUAUAAUAUGGUUUUCAUCCCCUUACUUCUGGUGAAGAUGCUUUCCGAUGGGCUCAGCCAAUCCGAUCGAACGCCGCAGGUGGCGAGUCCAGGCUCUUGUGUACCUGGACCUUGCCCAAGUUCAUGGCCAGGCUGGAGA